AUGGCAGAUAAAGACAAUAAUGAGGCUAACGCGCCCGCCGCGACACCUACUAUACUGCCUUGUGAUGCGUUCCGUGAACUACUCACCCAUUGUACCGCGAUGCUCGAGGCUGCGGUCGCAAGGGUAGAUGGAAGGUUCAUGGUUAGACUUAUGCGCCAUAUCAAGACUUUUCGUAGCUUGUUGAAGAAUUACGAUGUCUCGACCCUGCCAAUACUUAGGCAGUCCAUUGCGGUAUACACAACCGGUACAAACAACUGCCCGGUCGCAUCAUACGCACUGAGCUUGUUACAGAAUCUUGGAACGUCGGCUAAUAAUAAGGAUAACAAUGUCAGAUUACAUUAUUCAGUGACACCUAUGCUGGGCGUCGAGGAAUUUACCUCCAAGAACUCAAAUUUAAUGGAGACUAAAAUAUUCCUAUUAACAUUGGCAUUGAUAUAUCUUAUCGAUACUGGGAAUUAUACUGCAGCUAUGGAUUUCGCUGAUAAAUUGGCACAAUACGUACUGGAAUUCAGGAGUAGGAUAAUAGACCAGCUAGCUGCAAAAGUGUACUUCUAUUACUCGCGUGCAUAUGAACUUGGUAGAAAUUUCAAUGAUACAAGAAGAUUACUUAUGAACGCUUAUAGAAGAGCGUGUUUACACCAUGAACCAAUGACCGAGGCGGUCACAUUCAAUUGCGUUGUGAGGAACCUGGUACAUCACAAAUUAUACUCAUCAGCAGCUACACUCCUUACGAAGACAACGUUCCCAGAUUCACUCAGCUCCAAUGCUCAAUAUGCCAGAUACCUAUUCUAUUAUGGAAAGAUACUAGCAGUACAACUUGAGUAUUCAGAGGCCUAUAGCAAGUUGAUGCAGGCAUUAAGGAAGGCGCCACAAUCAGAUAAAGCUGCUUUCGGGUUCAAGGUAACGACAACGAAAAUGGCUGUUAUUGUGGCACUGCUCAUGGGUGAUGUACCUAGCAAGAGUACCUUUACGAACCCAAUUAUGAAGCGUAACCUAGCGCCAUAUGAGGAAGUUGUUAUAACCGUGAUGAACGGCGACCUAGUGGAAUUCUCUAAUGUUUGUGACCGUUAUAAAGCAUUGUUUGAAAAGGAUGGUACAUUAUUCCUAAUCGCACGUCUGAGACACAAUGUCAUUAAGGGCGGAUUGCGAAAAAUCAAUUUGGCAUAUUCUCGCAUACCAAUUGAAAAAGUGGCUCAAAAACUAGGAAUCAAAUCUGUGGAGGAUACGGAAUGCAUUAUUGCCAAGGCCAUACAUGACGGUAUCAUCGAGGCUACUAUACACCACGACGAACAGUACAUGGAAUCAAAGGGAAAUGUCAACCUUUACACUAGCGACCAGCCUAUGAUGGCAUUUGACAAAAGAAUCAAUUUCUGCCUCAAGCUACACGCUAACGCAAUACAGGCUAUGCGGUAUCCCGAUGAACCGGAUGUUGUCAAACCUCAGUCACCGAGCAUGGUUAUUGACGAGGACCAAAUCGCUGCGAUCGUCGACGAGGAAGGUUUGGGAGAUGGUGAUAUGCUCUGA